CGCAAGUCCUGUUGGACUGUCAGAAGGCGUGGAGCACAAAAUUUGACGGCUGGGUGGUUGGUGGGGACUGCGACAAGGCCAGCAGUGUCACGUGCGAUCCCCAGGGCAUGAUAACUGAUGUGAGUAUUGUCGACGAGAACCUAAACGGCUCCAUUCCGGCCUCUAUCAGCAACCUGCAAAGCCUUACCAACUUAUAUAUAUGGAACAGUAGCCUGUCUGGCCCGAUACCAGCUACUAUUGGCAACCUCCGUAAUCUGUCCAAAGU